AUGGGUGAAAUAAUAUCAGAAGAGAGCGAAAGUGAUAAAAGCCUGAAAAACACUGCACAAGAAAAAAUAAUGUUAAAAGAUGAAGAGAUUUCGCAACCUAUUCCACUUUUAGAACGUCCAGAGACUGCAAAAAACUUUCGAGAUUUUUAUAUGAAUCAAGUCACCACUGCUUUUGGAGAGGAUCUGGAUAAAAUUCGAAAAGAAGAAAAUUUUGAUCAUAAUCGAUUGGAUAUUCUUAUUGACUCUCUCGAGUCGAAUAUAAAUAUAUUCUCGGAUAUCGAGAAAGAAUUAGAGUUGGUGACUUUUAGAAAAACAAAAGAUGUGACAGAUAGUCAUGUAACACAUGAUGUCUCCAAAAAAAAAUAA